AUGUUGCGUUUCCCCUUCCCACCGGUUACGCCGUUCCUCUUCUCGGCCCUCGUCGUGGGCGGCCUCACCUCCAAGGCCCUGCAUCUUGCGCUGCAUUUCAGCUCCCUUCCUUUCCUUUAUUUCGUUCUCUACUCGCCGACGCUCGUGCUGCCCGAUGUGCUGGUCAUUAUCUGCGUGCGAUGGCUUCUCCAAUAUCCAGUACCGGAAACCCGAUGGCAAUGGGUAUCUACAGUGAUUGGGGCAUUCUUGUGCCUGGCCACCUGGGGUGCGUGCUCCAUUCAAAUCGGGUUUUUCAUGCAGACAGGCGCCGAAGUCUCCUGGUCUGCCAGCAACUCCUUCAUCAGUGAUCCCGCGGCCAUGAAGAUCCUGCUGAGCGGCAUCUCGACCGUCUCCGCCGCCGGAACCGUGUUGGGCUUGGUAGCUUGGCUAGCCCACUCGCAGCUAUACUACUGGGUUGGGAUAGGCCUGCAUAGCCUGCGAGAAGUCUGUCUGGGCGGCCUGAGGGCGCCGCAGAGGCUCCCGGCGACCAUUCGUUCGCUUUCUUCCAAACCGCGCAUUCCGGCAAUUGACCCGCGCGCGCUUCGUCGUAUCCUGCCCGUCACCGCCGCUUGCGUUUCGCUUUUGUUUUUGGAGCUCACGAGGCCGUCGGUGCCAUACGACCAUCUCUCGGGGGCGCUUCCGGUCACGCUUCUGGAUGCGUUUCACUCCAAAGCCAAUGUGGCUAAGGGCUGUCGUACUCCUUCGCUUCCGUUUCCCCUGUGGGAGGAGGAUAGCAGGGCGUCAUUCCAUCAUAUAGUCAACCCGGAAGAGGAGGAGGUGGAAUGGAUACGGCCAGCGUGGCUUCCGUUGAAUCCAGGCCCGGGGUUCAGACGCUUGGAUACUAGCCCUGCCGAUCUCCGAGAGGCCGAAAACCACUAUGCCUAUGUUUGUGGAGAUCAAGGAGGCUACUAUUACCCGGAAAAGGACCCGCUUAAGAUUUCCAAUCUGGACGGCGACGUUUUCGAGCCCCUACAGAAAGCAUUUCAAGAUCACCCCGUCGAGAUCGAGCAUAUCAUACUUUUGACACUUGAGAGUGGACGCAAAGAUAUGUUUCCUGUGCAGCAGGGAACUCCGCUAUUUGAGGGUCUGCUCGCCUCACAUAAAAAGGCGAACUACGACGAGGCGAUCGACCGGCUGGUGGGCGCGACUCCCGUGGCGCAGAUGCUGACGGGCGAGUACGCUACGGAUAGCAAGGGCAAGCUUGUCGAUCUGAGCAAUGCCACUUGGCAAGAUUCUGCAGCAGAAGGCAUGGGUGGGCUCAACGUUCGGGGCGCCGUGACCGGCAGCUCCUUGACCUUCAAGAGCUUUCUCAAUAGCCACUGUGGUGUGAAUCCGUUGCCUGUGGAUCUGUUGGAAGAGUCUUUGCUUGAGAUCUACCAGCCAUGUCUGCCGCAGAUCUUGGAAUUGUUCAAUGAACUCAAGAAUCGGGGCAACAAGACCUUGAUGAAGUCCGAGCCGUUCAGCAAUCCCUGGAAGUCGGUGUUCCUGCAGUCCAUCACCGAUGACUAUGACCGCCAAGAUAUCCUGAAUGAUCACAUUGGAUUCAAGCACAAGGUUGUCAAGAAAACGCUGGAGGCAAAGAAUGCGAAACACAAGCCCGAUGGCGAGGAGAUCAACUAUUUUGGCUAUGCCGAAACCGAACUGCGGCCGUAUAUCCAAGAUUUGAUAGACGAGGCUGUCCACAACAACACGCGCCUGUUUCUCUCUCACGUCACCAGCACAACACACCACCCGUGGAGCACACCGGAAAACUUCACUAAAGAGCCCUACGUGGCGGAUCAGGGCAACAUAAACCAUGAUCUGAUGAACAACUACCUAAAUGCGGCGCGCUUCGUCGAUAACUGGAUUGGUGACAUUUUGGGCAUGCUUGAUGAGUCUGGCAUCGCGAAUCAGACCCUGGUGGUCGUGGUUGGUGAUCACGGCCAAGCAUUCGGCGAGGACGACCGUGACCACACUGGUACCUACAACAAUGGCCAUGUCAGCAACUAUCGCGUUCCCUUAAUAUUCCGUCAUCCGCAAAUGCCCCGAGUCGACAUCGCCGCCAACGCAACCGCCCUCAGCAUCCUCCCGACCAUCCUAGAUCUUCUCGUUCAGUCCAAGUCACUCCCUGCAGGUGAUGCCGCCAUUGCUGCUUCUCUGUUGCCCGAAUACCAGGGCCAGUCACUUCUACGACCUUUCCUUUCCUCAAUCGAAGAGCCACCCCACCACCACCUAGAUACAGGCUAUAUCCCCGAAAGCACCAACCCGCAUUUCGGCGAAGAGGUCAACACCACAAUCUCAACAUCAUCGCACGUGAAACGCUCCUCCGAUGAGCGCGGGUCCCAUCGCAUGGGCCCUUUGAGACGUUCUGCCUGGAACAUGGGCAUGGUCAACGCGGGUGGCGCUAUGAUGGUUGUGUCUGCCGCCGACGUCCCCUACCGCCUCAUCCUCCCCAUGAAGGAAGACUUCGAGUACCGCUUCACCAAUGUCGGCGUAGACCCCGGCGAGAAAGACCCCUUAUCCUCAUGGUCUCUGGAUGACUUGGUCGAAGACGUCUAUGCCAAGCACGGGGAAGAUGCAGCCGCGUGGCUCCAGGACGCCGAGAAAGUCGGUGUCUGGUAUAUCAACGAGCAGAAACGCAUCUGGGGGUGGCGCGAUGCCUAG